GUGCGGCUCCAGGAGUGGGACAUGUGCACUGAUCACCAGGGCACUGAUGAUCAGUGUGUCCUGAUGAUCAGUGUAGCCCCAGCAGUGCCACCUGUCAGUGUCUAUCAGUUCCAGCUGUCAGUGCUCAUCAGUGCCACCUGCCAGUGCCUAUCAGUGCCACAUCAAUGCCACAUAUCAGUGUCUACCAGUGCACAUCAAUGCCACAUAUCAGUGCCCAUCUGAGCUGCCUUUCAGUGUCACCCAUCAGUGCCAGUCAUUGUGACCUAUAAAUGCCAAUCAGUGCCACCUAUCAGUGCUGCCAAUCAGUGGCACCUAUCAGUG